AUGUCUCGAUUAAGCGCAGUUAUUGUACUUGGCUUGAUCGGUGCUAUUUACGCCAGAACCCUCCCAGACGAAUAUAGUGCGUGGGAAGGUCGUAUUGUGGGAGGUUCCAAUGCUGACGAAGGACAGUUUCCGUAUCAGGUGUCGUUGCGAUCGGCAGCCAAUGGUCACUUUUUUGGAGGUUCAAUCAUUAACAAUAACUGGGUGAUGACUGCGGCACAUUGUACCGUGGGAAGAACGAUACAGAAUACGAUUGUAGUUGCUGGAUCACUUCUGUUGAACGCCGGUGGAUCAAUACAUCAGACGGAGCGGAUCGUUAACCACCCUGGUUACAGCGCCGUGACAUUGACCAAUGAUAUUUCCCUGGUACGCGUAACAUCUUCUUUCGUUUUCUCUCCGACAAUCGGUUCUGUUGAAUUAGAAUCAAACUUCAUUGAAUCUGCAACUGGAGCGCAAGCCUCCGGCUGGGGCCAAACUUGGCAUCCAGCUGUACCAAAUCACCUGCAGUGGGUCAAUGUUGACAUCAUCGGUUUGCAAGACUGCAGGGAUGCUUUCUCCUCGGCUAACGCUGGACGUGUUCACGAUAACACAAUUUGUACCCGAUCUGCUACGGGAGUUGGAAUGUGCAUGGGAGACUCCGGCGGUCCGCUGACGCACGGAGGCCGCCAGCAGGGUGUCGUUUCCUGGGGCAUUGCUUGUGCCCGAGGCUUUCCGGAUGUCUUUGCGCGUGUUUCUUCCCAUCGUUCAUGGGUUCUGGAAAAUUCGAGUGUCUAG